AUGUCUUUAGAAGUUAUUGAUAUUGCAAGAAUAUCGGACGGCGGAUCAUCCAAACCUCAAAUCCAAGCCAGGGUCGACCUUUUCAAGACGUGGGAUAUUCCAUCGGGGUCAAAGAUACUCGAAAUCGGCUGCGGGCAAGGAGAUUGCACCCUGGUGAUGGCCUAUCUAGUGGGGGAGCAGGGCCACGUCACAGGAAUUGACCCAGCGCCCUUGGACUACGGUUCGUUUGUCGGGAAGCAAAAGCAAUCACAUCCGACAACAAUCGUGCUAACAAUUCAAGCAGGAGCACCCAUAACCCUAGGCCAAGCACAAGACAAGCUAAAGCAGAGUGAGGUCGGUAACCGGAUCACAUUCCACCGAUCAGAUCUUGAAGGGUUCCUCGAUUCCAGCGCGUCAGAACCACUUUAUGACUAUGCCGUGUUCGCGCGUUCAACUUGGUACUUUCCAUCCGCCGAAGCAUUGACGCCGAUGUUGGUAGCUCUGCGCGGAAGAACGAAGUACCUCCGCAUUGCAGAGUACUCAACUGAUAUCCAAGGGGAUAUUGCCGCUCUGCCACACCUGCUGGCGGCAAUUUCACAAGCGGAGUUCAACUCUAGAGACAAUAACUUGGACCGUGAUGAUAAUAUCCAAUCAAUUAUUACCCCGCAGAAAAUUCUUGAGCUGACGCUUAAGGCGGGGUGGGUGUUUAAGAAGGAAGAUGUUAUUAGAUCCCCGGAGGAUCAGGAGGAUGCGGGGUGGGAGGUUGGUCGCGUCCUCUCGGAGGGUUAUCGUAUCAGGUCGCGAUCAUAUAGUGGUGCUAGUCGUCAAGAGUACGCGGAUGCAUUGAUCAGUGCUGUUGAGGAGAGCAAGCGUGCACUUGGCCCGAAUCCUAAGCUCAGGACUUUGCCUACGUGGCUGGGCUCGUGGGCGUGA